CUGCUCUGCCGGUUCCUGGAGCAGCAAAACUUCCAGGUGGAACGGGGCAUCGGCGGUGUGGAGACGGCGUUUCGGGCCACGAUACCGGGCGGCUCCGGAGAUGGCCCCACCAUCGCCGUGCUGGCGGAAUACGACGCCCUGCCCGAGAUCGGCCACGGUUGCGGCCACAAUCUCAUCGCCAUGGCUGCCAUGGGCGCGGCGCUCGGGCUGCAGGCCAACGCUCAGGAUUUGCAGGGUUGCGUCGUAAUCAUUGGAACACCGGCUGAAGAGGGCGGCGGCGGCAAGAUAAAGCUGACUGGUGGCGGCGUAUUCCGACGGCGUGGACCCACCCUGUUCGCCGCUCACGCUGCCGCCGCACCCGAGGCCGGCAUCAACGCGCUGAACGCGGUUAUCCAUCUGUUCACCGGCAUCGACGCCAUGCGCCAGCACCUGCGGGACGACGUUCGCAUUCACGGAAUAAUCACCGAUGGGGGCAUGGCUCCCAACGUGGUUCCGGGAUUCGCGCCGCCGCCAUUUUCACUUCAUGCGCGCGCUGCCAGCAUCGUCAUCGGUCCUUACCGUGAGCGACCGGUGGUCGUGGACAAGAACGUUCAGCCCAACGUGGCGCUGGCGCGAGCCUUGGGAGCCAAUGCUGAGGCGCUGGGUAUCAAGCUGGACGAACCGGUGGCCGGCCGGCCGGGCAGCGGCGCGUCCACCGAUUUUGGCAACGUCAGCCAGGUGAUGCCGGCCUUUGAAUUGAGGUAUGCGGUUAGCGAGCGUGCCGGUGCUUCCGACACCGGCACUGCCGUAGGCCUGACAGCCGGCGACCUGUUGCGCGACAAUUCGUUGGUGGAGGCCGCAAAAGCCGAGUUCGCGGACAGAACCGGCUGA